AUGUUGUGGAAAGUGUGGGUGGUGAAACUGGAGCGCUCUGCCACGCCUCUCUUCCGGUUCAUCACUCCUCGCUCCUCGUCCCUCGCUCCUCACUCCUCGCUCCUCAUUCCUCUUUCAAUCUCUUGCCUUAUCGCUAUCAUCUUUCUCGGCCGAGCCCUCGGUCGGAUGGGGCCACCUCAAACAUCACCCACACGCUCCUCAAACAAUGGUCCAUCGCCGAUAAAUGUAACUUAUGCCCUCGGCCAUUGUGUCCCCAGAAAUCCAACAGUGACUGGUACCACUGAAGUCGAUAAUCUGAGGACGAUAUGGAGGCGGAGAUGGGGUAGGGAUCUUGAGGAGGGUAGGGAGGAAACGGAAGAGGGGAGUAACGGGUUUUGCCAGUCGGAUUUUAGAAGAAGCUGCGUGAAGGGAGGCUCGGAUACAUUACUGAAGAAAGUUGUAUAA